AUGCUCAUCAUACAUACCUACAUCUUUUUCUUGUCUGUGCUAUUCAGCACCCUGGUGGCCGGAGUGCCCCAUAUCCCUCGAAAACAGAUUGUCGGAGCGUCCGCCUCUGCCCCGAUAUCAACCUUUUACAUCUCAAAAGCUAAACCCCCGUACCCAUUAAAGAACCGGACCAUCCUAAAAACCAUUCGCGAUAGCUUGACAGGUCGAUUGCCUUUCCCAAUUUGUGCGAAAGGAGCUGCCGAGUUUCAGUACCAGUUAGCUAAGACCUCUAUCGAUUACGCCUGCAAGAACUCCAAAGCAUGGAACUAUUCCAUCGUUCCGCCAAUAUCUUUAGGCAAUAGGAAAACAGCCGACGGCAAGACAAAAACGAUCGGUCUCAGUGCUGACCAAGGAAUGAAUGGCACCUCUAAUAAAUUCUGGCUCGGCAUCCACCACGCAACCCAUAGAUGUACCGGUCCAUUGAAGUUCGCUGUCGGCAACUCCGAUCAGGAGAAACGCGACCACUGCAUCGCCCGCUUCCGCAGGAUAAUCGACAGGUGCCGCACGGACGGAAACAGCGGUGGCUACCUCAGAGAUGGUUGUGCUGUGUAUACUGUCAAGGCUCUUCCCCAGGAUGAGACGCUCACUGACAGCUGGUGGCCGAAACUGGGGGAUUUCAAGUGCAAGCCAUCUGACGGGGCCGAUCGGGGGAAAUGUACUUGUUGGUUUUCAAAUUAUCCCUGGUCAACGGACACUUUCAAGAUGCCGAACGGCGGCGACUGUACAAAUGUGGACAGAACUCAGUUGGCAUAA